AUGGGCCGAGAUGAAGCAGAUGCUGAGAUAAAGUCAUCUGGGCGAUCCUUCGAGGAGCUACCAUCGAAACUCGGCAAAGAGAUUGAGCUCGCACUCACUGGUGUAUCAGAUCUCGUACAAAAGGGGAUGGCUAGAGCAAUGUCUAGAAAGAAGCAUGAUGAUAGUAGUGGGAUAGACCUAACAAUUUCUCCAUCUAGUGGUGAUAAGAAGAAGAAAAUGAAGAAGAAGAAGCAGAAGCCACCAAAAAUCCACUUUGUCCAGCCAAUGAUGAUGCCGAUGAAGAAGAUGGAAGAUAAAGGUCGUGGUUUCGGCAGAGUUCAGACUUGGGUCGUAGGGAAUGUGACCGGAGGGAAAGGAAGGGGUUUUGUCUCGGACGUAUUGAAUGUAGGAGAGAAAGCAUUAGAUGCAGUAGCAGAGCAUGUCAUAGAGAAGGAGAAUUCAGAAAAUGGAUUGAUAGAUCGCAGUUCUGUUGAAGAACAAAGAGGCAAAAAGAAGAAGAAGAAGAAGGCCAUCCUCAAACUUCUGAUCCUCGGAGCUGUGCUUAAAGCCAAAAUCGGAACAAUAUUACAAAUUUUAUCAUUUAAAUUGCAGGUCAAAUUCUUCAUAAUAGCGCUGAUCGGUCUCGCUAUCAACUUGGCAAGAUUCUGGGUUGAAUUGAAGAAUAAACACAACCAACAACCUCAAAAGGUAAUAUAUUACGAGCAUGCACAGCAUCAACACCACUAUGAACAUGAGGACGAGCCGGGAUGGGGACCUUGGUCCAGGAGUAUGGAACCUGAGGAAACGGAAGUGGAAGUACCGGAAAACCCAAUCCACAACUCUCCAUACAGAGCCUACGAGAAAAACGCACAGGUGUUUCCAACCAGACCGCUUUUAACUUUAUCA